AUGGAUGUCUUGCCCUUCAAGGUUCGCCAGAACUGCAUCGACUUUUACCAAGCGACUCCCACCAAAUACGACCCCCAGCUUCGCAAUGACAUACGCCCGGACCAGCUGUCCAAGGAACCAAAAGUGCCCGUCAUCCGUAUUUUUGGGUCCACUCAGACUGGGCAAAAAGUCUGUGCCCACGUUCACGGUGCGUUCCCGUACCUGUACAUCGAGUACACGGGCAGUCUUGCUCCUGAGGAGGUUGGCGCAUACAUCUACCGCCUACAUCUGUCUAUCGACCAUGCUCUGGCUGUGAGCUACCGCAAGGACACCUACAGCAACCAGGCCAAAUAUGUCGCCCGCAUCACGCUCACCAAGGGCGUGCCUUUCUAUGGCUUUCAUGUCGGAUAUCGCUUCUUUCUCAAGAUUUACAUGUUCAAUCCUAUCGUCAUGACCAGGCUGGCCGACCUUCUGCAGCAAGGUGUUAUAAUGAAGCGGAAAUUCCAGCCAUACGAGGCGCAUUUGCAGUAUUUGCUGCAGUUUAUGUGUGAUUACAACCUUUUCGGCUGUGACUACCUCGAGAGUGCCAAAGUGAAAUUCCGCUCCCCAGUGCCUCAGUACAGCGAAGAGGAUGAGAGCUCUCUACACCUUUGGCACAGCCAGUCUGUCUCUACCGAAAACAUUACCGAGGAUUAUACCUUGCCUCGUGUCAGCCACUGCUCGAUCGAGGUCGACAUAUGUGUCCAAGACAUAGCCAAUCGGAAGAAUGUGAAAGAACGGCGCCUUCACCAUGAAUUUAUUGAGAAGGAUCAUCCUGUUCCUGCCAGCAUGAAGUUGGUACACAGUAUGGCUGGUCUGUGGCGAGACGAAACGAAGCGCCGGAAACGAAGAAUGCACAUCACGAACCCGGGCAGCAGUCCCUUUCCUCCCGAAGUUCUUGUGUCUAUGUCAGCCGAUCCUCGUGAGUCUCAGCCUCAGGGCUGGGUUCAUGAAGAAGAGUAUCUGGAGGACAUCAAAGAACUUGUUGCCGAAGAGGCGGGGGCCAACAGUGGCACCAAACCAUCAUUCGAUGGCUUCGUACAACUCAUACCAUUUGAGGAGACUGUGAACACAACGUUGCAAUCUAUCGAAGACCUUUUCCCUCAAAACCUGUUACCUUCUUUAGGCCGAUCAUCUCAACUCUCCAAACAGGACCCAAAUUCGUCGGAGAACGUGGUAGUUGACGAAAAGGGCAUCCUCGCAGCUCAAAAGGAUGACGAGGAUUUGUUUCCGGAUGACUCAGAUGAGGAGCUUUUUCAGGAGGUGACGCUGCCGCAGAAGGCUCCUCGACAGGCUGCAGAAACGAAUGCGGAGAAACCUAAGCCUCAGAAUGUGGUGCCCAAGACGACAAUAAACAAACUAUCCACUACCGGAUCUUUUGUUAGACAGGUCGCCCACAGACACGUGUCUACAGCCAUGGAGUCCGCUGUGCUUCAGACCACUGAUGGCUUACCCAAAGGCGUUUGCUUCAGUGGUCAGAGAACCGGCCACCUGCCUGCACUUCCUCUCACGGAGGAAUUAAUCGAGGCGGCUGACAGAGAUGGCCUCAUCAGCAAGGAUCCUGCGAGCCAACGAGGGCUGAAGAGUAUGAGCCUCCCAUUGAAGCGACCCAAUGAGGCGACCUUGGAGUCAUCGAGUUCAAAACGCCCAAAGGUCGACUAUGCUAUUGCACCAGCCCUUUCGGGAACGGCGACACUCGUCCAUGGUGACGGGAAGGCCCUAGAGCGUCGCCCAAGUACAAACACACAGCGGCAUGUGAAAUUCCAAUCCUCACAAACAGCAAAGCAUACCAAGAAUGGUGCUAAGUUCAAGAGAGAGGAUAACCAGAGGCUUGGGUUUGCUGUCGUCAAGGACCCCAAUGAUCCAAGCACAAAGCUGCGCUUGAGCCAACACAGUAGCUCGCAGAAAAGUGAUGAUGGCUUUUCCAAGGCAGACAAGAAACUCGACAAGCUUUCCAGCUCAGCUGAAGAAACAACUCCGGUGACCUCUAGCAGUGAAAAGUCAUAUAUGCUGCCGUCUUCUCCUUCGUCCAUCAGACCCCAUUUACCAAUUUCUCCAAAAGCCCAGUCGCCUACAGCUUCUUCUGAACUAGGAGGAUCUUGGAUCAACGUUCUGAACUACCUGCCGCCAUCAGCAGCAGACGUCGCUACAACCAUGCAAGACAACAGCUUGCCGGAUGUCAUUUACCAAGACGCCUUCUACAGCCAGGAGAAAGACGUGCCGCCAAAAAUGAGGGAGUAUGCCGGCAGAGAAUUUCGCCUUGAGGGAAUUACUUUGCCUUUUCUGCCCGACUUCGACGCUACGGGUCAAUCGCCGGCUACGUAUGGUAUCAAAAUAGAAGGCAAUCCGAAUAAUAAGAAACAGACUGAAAUGGAGAACCAGAGAAAAAGCCGGCAGUGUUCAUUGAGAAGCUGGGAGAUGGCGGAACCACCACCGACUUUUCAAGAAGUCAGUGACUGGUGGGUUGCAAAGCAGAAGAGAAAAUCAACUCCGCAUUCGCCGAACAAAGAAGGUGCUUCUGUUGGAACGAUUGCAACACAAAAGCCUUUCCUCUCGCAGAUACUUGGAGCCACGCCAAAGAGCAAGCACGGCUUCAGGUACUCCCAAAAGAAAAGAACCACCAGUGUCCAACAUGAGGCCCAGUACAUGAGUACUAUGAGCCUUGAGGUUCAUGUUAAUUCCAGGGGAAGACUCGUUCCAAAUCCAGAAGAAGACGACAUACAAUGUAUCUUCUGGGCCACCAAGUCGGACGAGAACUUGCAAGACAGCAGCCAACUGCCGGACAGCACCCUAGCUGGCAUUAUUGUGGUAUCUGAGGAUGGCGAGAUUGCGCGACGCAUACGACGUUAUACAAAGUUAGAGGUCAUAGAAGAGCCUUCAGAACUUGACGCCAUGGUUCGAAUGAUUGAAAUCGUUCGGACUCAUGAUCCUGACAUUCUCGCAGGGUAUGAGGUACACGGCAGCUCUUGGGGUUAUCUUGUCGAGAGAGCCAGGCAUAAGUAUGAUUACAAUUUGUGCGAUGAGUUCUCUCGCAUGAAGACACAGUCUCAUGGUCGAUUCGGCAAAGAGGCUGAUCGUUGGGGUUUCAAUACCACGUCGACCAUCCGCGUCACGGGCCGCCACAUGAUCAACAUCUGGAGGGCAAUGCGAGGGGAGUUAAAUCUCCUCCAGUACACCAUGGAGAAUGUUGUCUGGCAUCUGCUUCACAGACGCAUCCCACAUUACUCAUGGCGAACACUCUCAGAUUGGUAUACCAACGGGCGUCAGAGGGACUUGGCCAAAGUCCUGCGGUAUUACAUCACUAGGACGAAAAUGGACAUCCAGAUACUCGAAGAGAAUGAGCUGAUUCCCCGUACCAGCGAGCAAGCGCGGCUGCUGGGGGUCGACUUUUUCUCGGUCUUCUCUAGAGGUUCACAGUUCAAGGUCGAGUCUAUCAUGUUCCGUAUCGCUAAGCCUGAGAACUUUGUCCUCGUUUCUCCGAGCAGGAAACAAGUCGGCGGCCAAAACGCAUUGGAGUGUCUACCUCUGGUCAUGGAGCCUCAAAGCGCCUUCUACAACAGUCCUUUGCUUGUUUUGGAUUUCCAGAGCCUGUACCCAAGUGUCAUGAUUGCUUACAAUCUAUGCUACUCUACUUUUCUGGGACGGAUCGUGAACUGGCGAGGCACGAGCAAGAUGGGCUUCACCGACUACAAGCGCCAAGAGCGUCUGCUCGAGCUCCUACAAAAUUACAUCAACAUCACUCCAAAUGGCAUGAUGUUCACCAAGGUCGAGAUACGGAAGUCUCUUUUGGCGAAGAUGUUGACUGAAAUCCUGGAGACCAGGGUCAUGGUCAAAAGCGGCAUGAAGCAAGACAGGGAAGACAAGACUCUGCAACAGCUCCUGAACAAUAGACAGCUGGCCCUCAAGCUCCUGGCAAACGUUACGUAUGGAUAUACCUCAGCAUCAUUCUCUGGACGCAUGCCCUGUUCCGAGAUAGCGGAUAGCAUCGUUCAGACUGGCCGCGAAACCCUCGAACGUGCCAUUGCAUACAUCCACUCGGUUGAGAAAUGGGGCGCCGAAGUCGUUUACGGCGACACAGACAGUCUCUUCAUAUACCUCAAGGGCCGAACCCGCUCACAGGCGUUCGACAUAGGCAGUGAAAUCGCCAAGGCCAUCACCGACAUGAAUCCCCGCCCAAUCAAACUCAAGUUCGAGAAGGUCUAUCACCCUUGUGUUCUGCUGGCAAAGAAGCGCUACGUCGGCUACAAGUACGAAAGCCGAGAUCAGGUCAAGCCCGACUUUGACGCCAAGGGUAUUGAGACCGUCCGCCGCGACGGAACGCCGGCCGAGCAAAAGAUCGAGGAGAAGGCGCUAAAGAUACUAUUUGAGACGGCGGACUUGAGCCAGAUCAAGAGCUACUUCCAAAGCCAGUGCGACAAGAUCAUGCGCGGGCAGGUGUCCGUCCAGGACUUCUGCUUUGCCAAGGAGGUCCGCCUGGGGACGUACUCGGACAAGGGCCCACCGCCACCAGGCGCGCUCAUCUCGACGAAGCGGAUGCUCGAGGACGCCAGGGCCGAGCCGCAGUACGGCGAGCGCGUGCCGUACGUGGUGAUCACGGGCGGGCCCGGCGCGCGGCUGAUCGACCGGUGCGUGGCGCCCGAGGACCUGCUGAACAACGACCACGUCACGCUCGACGCCGAGUACUACAUCACCAAGAACCUGAUCCCGCCGCUGGAGCGCAUCUUCAACCUGGUCGGGGCCAACGUGCGCCAGUGGUUCGACGAGAUGCCCAAGGUGCAGCGGAUCCGGCGCGUCGACGCCCAAGGUGUCGGGCCGGCUGGCGGCGGCGCCAUCAGGAAGAAGCUUACGCUUGAGAGCUACCUCCACAGCGCGAGCUGUGUCGUCUGCGGGGCCAAGAUCAAGGUCAACAACAACACCAGCGGCAGCGGCAAGGACGCCGCCCUCUGCGGGAGGUGCCGGCGCGACACUGCCGGCUCGCUGCUGCAGCUGCAGACGAGGCUGAACACGGAGGAGAGGAGGUACAUGGAGGUCGUUAAGGUUUGCCAGAGCUGCGCGGGCCUGUCACCGCUGGACGACGUCCCCUGCGACAGCAAGGACUGCCCGGUGUUCUACACGCGGAGGAAGCAGGAGGCUAGGCUGAGGAGUGAGAGGGGUAUUGUCGAGCCUGUUGUGAGGCGGCUCGCCGUCGGCGCAGGAGAGCUGGAGUGGUGA